GCACUCGAACUAAAGGGGCCAAAGUGAAAAUUACCCCGUGUCGUUAUCUUCCUCCCCUUCCUUAACAAACAAAUGCUUCAUUAACAAGAAAAGCUUCCUCUCUCCGACCAGAAUAACAAGAAACUCCCGACCUCCGAUUUCUUGAAAUUCUCCUCCGCUCUCGCUCUCUCUCUCUCUCUCUCUCUCUCUCUCUAACCCCCAUCACAGCCCCGCGUUCUAUCGGAUUUUGGGUAAUCUCCGAUCUCUAUCGGGAAAGUCAAGAAAUGGCCGACGCAAGCGACGCCCCUCACCACGACGAAUCGAGCCCUCUGCUGGGGGAGAAAGAAGCCCAGGUCGGCAAUGGUAAGGAGGAGGAUGCUAAGGCCGGCGCUACGAGUGCCAAGAUCCAGCCAUCGAAGCCGGCUCCGGUGGAGGGCACUCCCGCGCCGGAGUCCGCAAGCAUUGGGUACGUGUGGGCCGCGGACGGCCUGCCUGUGGGGGAGCCCGUGGGGCGGGCUCAGUGGGACUCGAGCCUCUUCGCCUGCCUCGGCCGCAACGAUGAGUUCUGCAGCAGCGAUCUCGAAGUCUGUCUUCUCGGAAGCGUGGCACCCUGUAUGCUUUAUGGAAGCAAUGCCGAGAGGCUAGGAUCUUCUCCUGGGACAUUUGCGACUCACUGUUUGGCUUACUGCGGUCUUUACCUCUUUGGAAGUUCCUUCUUGGGUUGGAAUCUCGCACCCUAUUUUUCAUAUGCUACCCGUACAGCAAUACGUCGGCGAUUUAACCUAGAGGGAAGCUUUGAGGCACUCCAUAGGUCAUGUGGGUGCCGUGCAAGCAUCGUGGAGGAUGAGGUGCAGCUCGAGCAUUGCGAGGCGGGCUGUGAUCUCUUAACCCAUGUCUGCUGCCACGCAUGCGCUCUCUGUCAGGAGGGCAGGGAAGUCCGCCGUCGCCUUCCUCACCCAGGAUUCAAUGCCCAACCCAUCUUGGUGAUGGUUCCACCUGUCGAGCAGAGCAUGGCCCGUGAAGCCUGAAAGGGAUGCAUAUAUUCAAAGUGAGGCAGAGGGAACUAAUAUAGCGUGUAUAUAUUGAUGUUGAUAAGGGAUUUUUCCGUAAUUGGUCUUGGCUCUGAGUCAGGAUGUUGUUCUGGUCACGGUGAAUAAAAGCCGUGGACAUGUGUGUUACUUAUGCCUCGUGGACCAAUGCCUCCGAGAUAUACAAAAAUAUAUUGGACGUUUCUUGAUUUUAUGCA